AUGAGGAAACAAUUAAAUAUGCAGGAGGAAGGUGAUGCUUCCACGGCACGUACACAUCGGCGACUGAAUGAUUUGCGCAUGCAACCUCUGAGUUCGCUGCCUAUGACGAUAUUUAUGAUGUGGAUGGUGGGCAACGAUGUGAGUAUUUUCUCCAUCGUAUUUGUUGGCAUGGCUGUCACAAACCCGCUUCAGUCCAUGUUGGGAGCGGCAAAAGUCUUUGAGGAAUUUAAUGAGGAGGCGGAGAAGGACCCACACGUACGCAGUGCCGUUGGUCAUUCAAAGCUUAUCUACAUUGCCUGCUGUUUCGCCGCCCUUGCUGUGGCGCUCAUUAAACUCAACUGGAUGGGUCUUAUGCCGGUGAAUGCAAUGGAUUGGUUGGACAGCACACCCCCACAGUACAAGGAGCAGAGCAUGGGCACAUUUUUUAGUUAA